GAUGGCGCUUUGACUACAAGGUACCACCGCCCUCUUCUCUCUGCUCUCCUCCCAACCCGGCCCGACCCACUCACCCACCGGAAGCCGGUUUCCUUCCACAAGGCAGCAGCAGCAGCACAAUGCCCGGAUGUCACUGUCAUGGCAGCUCAUAGUGACCUGCACACUACUUUCAUAAAACAACAUCGACCGGUAGAAUACCGUCUAGAGCAGCCACGGACCGAUAGUCUCAUUGCCUUAAUCACCAGCGUGUGAGACGUAAUAAGCUACUGGCCAGUUUAAUCUGAACUAAAUUCUGAAGAUAAGCCUUUUGAGACGUGAAAUGUAUCUAUCGGAGAGAAGGCAUCUGAUGAGUAUCUACAGUGUUCAUGUUCCACAGAACUGAAAUACGCAAUCUGAUGAGAAAUUUUGUACGUUAAUGAAGCAACGACUCAUUGAUACAAAUAUUAAGAGGAAUUGUAGAAAUAAAUUAAAUAUGCCGACGGGGAAUCUUUCACAGAAAGACAAAGGAUUUGUAACACAAAAGUUUGCACAAGUUUCAUUUGUGCCUUCAAUAACUGUGAAUAAACAGCUUCAGCAAGAGUUGAAAUUCAAACUUGAAAACGCAAAAGUUGUUCUGACAAGGUUAGAUGUGGAAAAGAUAUCUUCAGAUUUACAUAAGAAUCAAAGUAAAACAUCACAACAUAGAUGUCAGACUGCAAGAAAAUCAUUCAGGAAAGACACUAAAGCUCAAGUGGACCAUCAAGUUAAUUCUUUUAAAGAUGCUUCUGCGCAGAAUUCAUUGGGUGAGCCAUCUAAAACUUCUGAUGGGACAGCAAAAGCUGUAUUAGUAAAAGUUCUACGUUUCAACUGUGGGAAAUGUAAAGACGGUGCUGAAUACAACCCAAAGCAAUUAUUGAAACAUUAUCAGGAAUUUCAUGCUGCAGAUUCCCCUGUGUAUCCUUGUGAAUUGUGUGAUUUUACUGCUAAUGAUUUCCAGACACUGAGCCAACACCGACUGAAACAUCGUACCCCUCUUCUGAAAUGUGAAGUUUGCUGUGAUGGUAAAAUGUAUACUCUGCAAGAGUUGAGAAAGCAUUUAAAUUGGAAACAUGGUGUAAAUGGUAAUUUUCGUUGUGAAAAGUGCAGGUUUUCUACAAAAGAUCAGGGCACAUUUAUUCAGCACAUUCAUAGACAUGAUGUGAUCCAAUAUAAAUGUGGUAAAUGUGAGCAUGUAAGUUACACAAAAGGUGAGUUUCAAAGACAUCUUGUUGUCCAUACGGGAUCUUUUCCUUUCUGUUGCCAAUACUGUAACUAUGGGGCAACACGGAAAGACUAUAUUGUAAAGCAUAUUAAUGCUGUCCAUAAGGGCCUGGCUGAGGGGGGCAACUCCAAACCACAGGUGGAGGUAUGUCAAAAAGGAAAAGUGAAGAAUUCAUUGGGUCUGAAGCUUGUUCUAAAAAGGUACAAAAGUGGGGUGACUCGGAAAGUGCAAUGGAGGAGGAAAAAGCAGAUUCAGAAUUUGGUAACUGGAAAGGAUAAUGCUAAGAAAUCUGAUGAUGCAACAAAGAAGCUCAGUCAUCCAGUGCCGCAGUCUCCUCCAGACUUAGAUCUAUGUUUGAAUGAAGAAAUAAUUAGUUCAAGAGAUAUUGAUGUUAAGAAAGAUGAAAUCUGGGGACCAAAGCCAGUAGCUCUAACUAGCCCUCCAAUAAAGAGAACAGAAGCAAGUGAUCCUAAUCAAAUAUCUAGAAAGAUAUUGCCAUCUGAGACUUGUACAGUAAUUUUAAAGAACAAUAAAUUGUCUCUGCCACCUAACUAUAGUGCUCAGUUUAUGGGCUUCAAAAUAGUAAAUGGCAAACAGCAUUUAAUAAUUAAGCUAUUGCCCACAAACAAGCAAAAGUUAAGUGCUUCAAAUUCUCAAACCCAAGCCAACAAUGACAACUUGCUACAUUUGCCUAAGAAUGCAGGGAAUUCAAAUGUUGGUUUAUCUGAUACAAAUGCAUCAAGUGCAGAUGCACAUUUUAUUAGAUUAUCAAAUAUUUUAACAAGUCAACCUCGCACAUUCUUGGUAAAAGACCAUUCUAUGGAAUCAAAAUUGCAGGCAUCUACAUCGCAGACGGUGUCUCAUGUAGUACCUACUAUUAUAGGUAGUAAAUUUACUCAGGUCAAGACAGUAGAGCCAUUGAUUGCAGGCAUUAAUUCAGCACAAACAGGCAAUCUGUUAUUGCCACCAUCUUCAGUGCGUCUGGCUGAAAUUACAAUAAAUAAGGGCAUGCCAGAGAAUCAAGUUAUGCAAAAAAUUCCAACUUUGGAAAAAUCUUCAGUUUCAAAUAAUUAUUCAUCUCAGAUAUUUGUAUCUUCAGCCAACAACCAGCCUGAUUCAAAAUCAUUGCAGUGCUUAAGUAAUGAGCAGAUAUCCAAGGGAAAAGAGUUAGAUUGUGAUACCUCAUUACAAUUCAAAAGAGGUACCCAUUUGCCUUUUAUCCACAAUUAUGCUAAGGUGGAUAUUUCUGCUUCGAAACAAUCUGGUGUUUCAAUAGUGCAAGGAGAUGAUUCAAAAUCAGCAAUGAUUUCACUACCAUCAGAAGCUGUUCGAGAAUCAAACCCUGGACAGCCACACAAAAUAGUAGCUGGAAUAGUUUCACCAACUGAUGUUUCAACUUCUGGUGAAUUGUGUAUCAGUACUUCUUCACAGUCAUAUGGGUUCCAAAAAUCAGGUGUUCAGGGUUUGAAUGAAUUUAAUUCACCUAUACUGCUCCAAAUGCUGAAACCUUCUGAAGUAGUUAAUGGAAAAUCUGAGAGCAGAUUCGUGACAUCAAAAGAUGGUCCCGUGGUAAUGUCAACUGUAGAAUGUACAAGUUCUCAUUCCAAUUCUAGUUUCCUUUUUACCUCUGCUGAACUGGGACCUGAGACUCUAAGCUUAAAACAUGAUGAGGCCUGUGAUAAUAGUGUGGUUGCAAACUCUGAUUCUUGCAAUGCAGCAUUAAAAGAUGAAAUUGCCUCAGAACAAACCAGUUCCUGUCCAGUGAAUGUAAAAAAAUCAAACAGAGGUAAUUAUGAACCUUGUUUGCUUAAUUUGAAUAACAUGCCUCAUACAGAAAUGACAGACAAAUGUGAGUCUGAAUUGGAGGCUGAAGCAUUAAAGAGGGAUGGUGAAAAGGAGUUUGGAAAUGAUUGUGAAAUACUAGCUGUGAGAAAUUGUACAACAGUGCAGACAAAAUGUGAACUUGGGAAAAGUAACCGUACUUGGUCCUCUUCAACAGAUUGGACAACUUGCUCAGAAGGAAACGGUAAUUUUGAAAGUACUGAAGAGGCCGUAUCAAUUUCUGCCAACAGUGCAAGUUCACAAAGAGUUCUGGAUUUCUGUGGAUCAAAUGCAGAAAAAACAAAUUGCCUGAGUAAUGUGAAUGUAGAGAUGAUGGACUGUCAUGCCAAAUAUAACAUCAAUGAUAAUGUUUCUGUAAAAGACUUUUUGGAAGAACAAGCUAGUGAUUCUGAUGGCAGUGAAUCACCAAUAAUGCCUAGAAUCACAUCUGUGUUCUCACUACAGAGUGGGGAUGGAAUGAGUUGCUUGGCCCCUGAGGAAAAUCAGUUGCUACUUGAUGCAUUGAAGGCCACUUCUACAUUUGGUGUUGAACCUCCUUGCAGUGAAUCACAGUGUCCAAAAAGUAGUUCAGUUAGUUUCCUUGAGGAGCAGAUCAGUACAUAUACUGCAGAAAACAAACCUGAUUUGCAUAAUUAUUCUCUUAAAAAUAACUCUUUGCCCAUGCAGUUGAACUCUGUAAAUGAUGAAAGUAAUAGCUCUGUUAUAAACAAUAAAUGUAUUGAUGGGAGAAAUAUGCUCUUGUCUGUAUCUCCACUUGUAUCCAGCAACUGCAUGCCACCAAAUGUUGAAAAGUUGAACACGCUGUUAAAGACUCAUUCUGAUGAAAUAAUCAACCAGCAGUUAAUAAAGGAUGCAAUUCGCACUUCUGCAAAUGGGAGUAAUAACCCAGCUGUGCCACCAGUGACACUUCUGGGUCCGAUCCACCUUGCUGGCAUCACUAAGCCUGUUAUAGUCCAACCAUCACAGAAAGGUUCUGCGGUCCCCUUACAUUUGGCAAAACAAUCCAGACUACAAAUGGUAUCCAGGGACACGGUUCCACAAACAAAAGUUGUGACUCGAAAUUCUGCCAGCCUGACAGACAAGGGGCCUGGUUUGAUACUUACAUUUAGUAGUGGAACACUUGGUGCAGUUGCUAGCAUUGUUUGUGGGAGCAAUCCUCCUGUAUCGGUUAGUGGAAGUAAUUGUGUACAAGGACAAACCUCAGUUUCUGACAGUGUCCAACAGAAUACAUGUUCAUUAACUAGUGAUUCCAGAGUAGUUGAUAUGGAGACUGCACCAAUAAACACUUUGUCUUCCAAAGAUCCUUUGUGUAAAGGUCCUGUUUCUGCAGUGUUUGAUCAUCAUUCUUAUGCAAAACUUGCAGCUGAUCCUAAUAACAACCAUAGCACAGAAAAUGGUUCAGCAAAUGUAAAUAGUCACGGUGAAAAUUUGAUCAGCGAAUCCUCUGUAUCAAAUAAUUUGGUGUCAGCUCCAUUAAGACAAGGCACUAUGUUGGAAGGUGUGAACGCAGUAAGAGAUAAAAAUACAGAACAUGUAUCAAGCCAACAAACUGUUUUGUUUCAGUGCAUUAUGCAGAAGAAAAAUGCUGGAGUCAUCAGUGAAGAGAAUGUGGCAAAUGCUGGUUCCGUGUCUGAAGAAAAUGGGCCUCAUCAGAAGAAGAUUUUGUUGCGAUUUGUUAAAAGUUCUAAUGGGGAGUCGGGCAUGAAGGACAAUCAGUUCCUGAAAAAUACAGUGUCACUUCAUAAUGGUGCUGCAGGUAACUUAAAUAAGCCUUUACAGCAACCUGGUCAGGCUGUAAUGUUGACUAGUGGCUCUCCAUGUAUCUUGCUACCAGUCAAUAAACCUGUGUCCUCGAGUACAGCAAACCUCAACAUCCCUCUCCAAAUCACUACUCAGGCUUCUCUUAAACUUCCUAUUGCUCCGGUUGUCAGAGGUUCAUCUGUUCGGUCUACUGAGAAAAGAAGUACAAAUAAAGGCACUUCUGUUGCUCCACAAAGGUCAACAGCCAGAUCAAACUGCAUAUGGGAUAAUGAGAAAUCAGAUGAACUGUGGGAACCACGGAAGUCAUGUAAUGAGAAGCUUGUAUAUCGAUACAGCAAAAGACUAAAGCGAAAGUUGGAAAAUUCUGAAAAAUCAUCAAAAGCAAUAACCAGUAGCUUUAGUGAAUUUGAAGAAACUGAAGAGGAAGAAAUAAGUAAGUCUCUUGAAGUUAGCAAUACAACAGCCUCUGGUGGAACUGUACAAACCCUACGGCUUGUACCUUUUGAUCAUGGUCAGCUUGUUAAAUGUCCUAGAAGAAAUCAACCUGUGAUUGUACUUAAUCAUCCAGAUGCAGAUGUUCCUGAAGUGAUGAAUGUCAUGAAAACCAUUAAGAAGUGUAAAGGGAAUGUUCUCAAGGUAGUUUUAUCAAAAAGAACAAUUGGUGCUUUGUUGCAUCCUUGCAACAGUAAUGAAGCAACUGCAAAAGGUUUUCUUAUCAACCAGUGUAAAAAGAUAAAACCAGUGAGCCCUGUGAAAGAAAGAUAUGUACUGAAGUUGAAGCUAAAAAAGACUAGCAAGAAUAACUAUCAGAUUGUGAAAACAGUUUCAAAUAAAGCCAUUGAGGCUAGAUUCAGUUGCUGGUUUUGUGGUAGGAUAUUUGAUAAUCAGGAUGAAUGGGUAGGUCAUGGUCAACGACAUUUAAUGGAAGCAACGAGAGACUGGGAUUCCUUACUUUGAUAGUUGAUUAAAUGUUAGAGAAGGGCCCGAGGUUGAAGGUUCUGCCAUAACCCUAUAUAAUUUAUAUAUAUAUGUCUAGUUUAUUCUAGUAUACUGAUUCACUUUUUAAUGAAAAUGUACUUUGAAGGAAAGUUCUUCUGAAAUCUUUUUGGGAGAUGAAUAUUCAAACAAGAAUGUGCUAUAUGCUUUUGUAUAUAUAAAAAAUAUUUUCAUGUUUCAAACUGCUUCAGUAGCAGUUCUGGCACAUUGUUUGGAUUUAUGCUUAUCCUAAAUGACACUAAUAAAUACUUUCAAUCUCUACAGGGAAUUUGCCACUAGUAACGAGAUUUGGUGGGUUUUCUGUUUUGAGCUAAAAACCUUUCAGAAGGCAUAUUGCUGUUUGUGGUGUAAAUUUUUAUUGCCUUUUGUGAUAGUUGAGAAUAUUGCUAAUGUAAAAAUGGUUCAAACGAAUGUCAUUUUAUCUAAUUACCUACAGCUUUUCAACACAGUUUGUGUUGGUCUCUAGCAAAGACAAUCAUUUGUACUUCUCAUUGUUUUUGCUGUAUGAUGAGGAUAAAUGAAAAAUAAAAUUUUUAGGGUUUUUUUAGAUUUGCAACAGUGGGAUCUCAAUUUUCUGCUUUCCUGUUUUUCUAUGCAGCCAAUUGUAAUAACAUGUCAAUUAUAUUUGCUUUUUAAUUUAAUACAUGUAUUUGCUAACUUUCAUGUAUCAUGCCGUGAGGGUAAGGAGUACAUUUGGCAUUAGUCAAGUAUUUGGUAUCUCUCAGAUUUAUUAAUGUAAAUCAGAAUUCCAUGUUUGCAUAGCAUUGUGCUGGGACACGAUAAUACUCAGGAACUCUACACUGUAGGGAGACGAGUCAUUGUAUAAGGCAGAGGACUCUUGUUAACUUUGCUGCAUUCCUCUUAAUUGUCUUAAAGCAAGUUUGAAGGGGAAAUACUGUUAAGAUUAUUAAGGUCCCAUUGACAGUAAUUUCUGUCUUUUCACUUCAAGUUAGAUCUAAAAUAGAAAUCAGAGAACCUGCAAGAGUGGAUGCAGUCUUGGAGACAUCUACUUUCUCAUCUACAACUUUUGUUUGGUGGUAAAUAAGUGGAUGUGUCAACUAUAAAAAUUAAUUGCAAGACUGUGAAAAGAGAGGAAGCUGGGUGAAAUUGUACACCUUUCAAAAUAUUCUUGAGCAGAAGCCUUUCUCCCUGCUGUUGCUGUUGUUCUGAUUCUGAUCCAGAGGUACUGGAGUCAAUGUGAAGUAUGAGGUCUGAAAUGCUAAUAUGGUCAAAUUGAUGCAGAUCUCAGAAGCUCUUGGCAAGGAGGCACAGAGAGGUUUGUGGAUUUCCAUCUCUAAUUAGAAGAUGUUAAUAUUAGGGGAGAUCCGAAUGAAAAUUAUGUGCAAACCUUUAACAAUUUUUAUAUAUGCAAAUUAAUAUGGAUGCAGUAUAUUUUGAGAAGCAGCUUGCAUUUGAAAAUUUGUGCUUUCGUUGGAUGAACUGUCCAAAAUGUGACAAAUUCAGUAAUUUUCCUUCUCAGCUAUGAGCAAGUGAAAAACCAGUGCAAUGGCAGAGUUUGUACUGUUGAAUGCAGAAAUAGUUCAACAAUCUGCUUGUUAUUUCAGAUAGUGUUUCUACCACUCCUGCAGUUGCAUGAAGGUACUAGAGGUUUGUAAGGACCGUUAUAUAUUGAAGGGGCAGUAUUAUAGAAGUGUUCUAUUUUUCUACUUAAUUGCAACAGCAAACCUACUUGGGAAGAAGAUCUUGUUUAAUAGCAAAAUGUAAAGGCAAAAUUUUAUGUAAUGUUAAUAACUUGGGUUAUAUUUUUACAUUGAUU